AUGCUACAAGCAGAGACCGACUUUAAUGGAUCCGUUUCGGCUAUCGAAGUUGAUGUCACCAUCGACUACUCUGUUUUUCUCGCCGCACAGAAGAUUGCUGCAGACUACGGUCGUCUAGACAUCCUCGUCAACAAUUCCAGCAUCGUAUCAAUGGCGAACCCACCUUCCCGAGACGCUAACCGCAACAUACAGUAUACCAAUCUUGUGGGAGAUAUCAGCAUCACAGAGGCUUUGCUCGACCGGUUGCGAAUGUCUGAGGAGCCCCGCCUGGUCUUCGUUUCCUCUUGUGCUGGCUCAAUCUCCCAGGCUGCGGAUCCGUCAUACCAACACUACAGCUCCAAUGACAUCGGGUACCGAUCCAGUAUGGCGGCACUGAGAAUGAUGAUUACGGUUUACCGGAUUCGUCUUGAAAACGAAGGUUUCAAAAUUCACGGUGCGGACCCCGGCCUUUGUGCCACUCAUUCCACUGAAAACGCACAGUCGUUGCUCGACAAUAGGAUUGUUACCCCAGCUGAAGCUGGGCAACGGGUUGCAAGCGUUGUCAAAGGGGAAUGGGAUAAUUUUGUUGGUCGAGUGCUGGGAGAGGAUGAAAUUUCUCCUUGGUAA